GAGUGAUUUGUCAAUUUAUACUAUAGUACCAUUAUCAUGCAGCCUGUCCACGGUCGUAAGGUUCUGCACAUAUUUUCAACGAUUAUACCAAUAUCCACAUGCUUGUUUGCUCCGCGCGGCCAUUCUUCACUUCACUCUCACUUCUGGCCAACAAAACUUCUCGCCACUCACACACAGAAACAAAAACUCUACACUCCCCAACUUCUGAGCUCAAACUUCGAUACGGCAGAACAUCAAGGAUAGCCACAAUGACAGCUCGAACAGCAGGCAAGACCGCCUCACCUGACGGCCACUCAGAUCAAGUGCCAUCGCAAGAAGACUACCUCCGAGAUCUCAGCCUGCUAAAAUCCGAGCCGGUCGCCUUGCCAGAUACAGAAAUCACCUGCGGAAUCUGCCUGGACCCCUUCACAGAAAGCACCUCAGGCCCAACAGACGACCCACCCGAACACAAAGACACCGUCGCCUUGAAGCCCUGCAAGCACUUCUUCCACUACACCUGCAUCAUGCGCUGGCACACCAGCCACCGUCCCGAGCGCGCCACGUGCCCCAACUGCCGCACCCCCCUCUUCACCGCCGCGCCGCUCACAAACGCCCAAAUCGCCGAACUACACAGCAGCCUCGAGCAAGAGACCCUGGUGUACUUGGCCCCGAACGACAUCCUGGUCCCGUUCGAUCUCUUCGUCCUGGGUCUGCACGCCGACGCGGCCGUCGACCAGGAAAUCGCGAAGGUGCAGGGGUCGCGUGUCUGGCGGCGCGGCGCAGGGCACGCGUGGGUGGCGCUGUGCGCGAGCGUGCGCGACGCGACGAUGCACGUGCAAGGGGAGCUGCGGGCGGUGUUCCAGCCGCACCGGGACACGUUCGUUAUGGCGGUGGUGGCGGCGGUGGUGGUCGUUUCGGUUACGCGACACGAGGGCGCGACGGAGUGGCCUGCGUUUGGGAGACUGGUGGGUUGGCUGGAUCGGCUGAUUGACGGGUACACCGAAGAGGAGUUUCGCGUACUGUAUGGCGAGUUUCGCGAGAAGGGGCUGUGGAUGACGAAUUGCUAUUUCGUUGGGCGCGGUGGGAGUUUGUUUGUCCGGGCCAGGGUCGAUGCUAAGGCAAGGGUUCGGUCGGUAUCGGCUGAGAUUGAGGGUCGAACCGAGGUUUCGAGAUGGAAAGGGCUCGGAAGGCGCAUUGCUCACCUCACUAUGUCUGAGCUUGUGCCUGGAGGCCGUCAUUUGACCAGCCGAACGCUGUUAGGUGUGCUGAGUAGGAUGACGGAAGGGGAGCCGCCGGAUUUCCUGUCUUAUAUGAGAGGAGGGAGGUGGAUGGAUGGUGAUGAACUGGACUUCGGUUGGGAUGAUGCAUUGGUGUUGCAGGACGAUGCUGGUCUGGACACUCCACCUGCUUCAUGACUGGUGGUGUUAUUGCUGCGACUGAUUGUAGUGGCCGGAUGGUGCAAUGAUCCCUUCCUGACAGAUAGUAUGUCUUAUCCGUCUUUGCAAUCAUACUCUGGGAAGAUGGGUGCCAAAGCCUUAAGAAAGAACACCAAGUCGACGUUGAACCUUUUUUGCGAUGUGGGUGAGCUCCCAGAGCAAUCAGUCCAGUUCAAGCCUUGCCGCUGGGCGCCCUCGGUCAU